CUAUGUCUCAUGUGCAAUGCGAAUCACCCAAUUUAUUCGUGUCAAAAGUUCCUCGACAUUAGUUUAGAUUCGAAGUUAAAACUUAUAGCCGAAAAUAAGUUAUGUCGUAAUUGUUUACGUUCAGGACACGCGGUAGACGAUUGCAGGUUUGGCCCCUGUAAGCGUUGCAAUAAGAAACAUAAUUCAAUAAUUCACGUUGACGACAGCCCGUCUAGUCAAUCAGUUGUUACUAUACACGCAGUUACUGAAAAAAGCGUACCGUUACGUUUUCAGGAAUCAGCUGAUCGCGUCAAUGACCCGAGUACCGUUACCUCUUUCACAACAUGCGCUGUCCCUUUCAGUGAUACUGAAACCAAUCAUUCAUCUCACUCGCAGAUUCAGGCACACAACGCACACACGCACACUCAGGCCGUAAAACCUGUUCUAGCGCAGCCUGUUCUACUAUCCACCGCACUAGUCGAAGUAACUGAUGUCCAUGGCCGUUUACAUACCGCCCGCGCUCUUCUGGAUAGUGGAAGCCAGCGAUGCUUCAUAACUAAAUCAUUUUGCGAGUUGCUAGGCGCACAAUUAAUACAGUCCACUCAUGAAAUACGCGGUGUAGGUGAUUCUGUGACCCAAUGUACGCAAACUUGUGUCAUAGAUAUAAAAUCGCACGUAAAUACCUACACUAAAACUAUACAAUGUUAUGUACUACCAAAAAUAACAUCAACAAUGCCACCUGUAUGUGAAUUAAGCGCACAACAGUUCUGUAUUCCAGACCACAUACAGUUAGCAGACCCCACGUUCUUAGAUUCCAAACAAAUUGACAUUUUAAUAGGCGCGGAUCAAUUUUGGAAUUUAUUAUGCGAUGGUAAAAUUAGAUUACGUAAAGGACCAUAUUUACAAUCUACCAAGCUAGGCUGGAUCAUAUCCGGUCCGAUUUACAAUAAUAAUAAUAAUCAUAAUUCACGCGAUGAUACUAGGCGGGUUCAUUGUCAUUUCACGCAGACAAUUGAAACUCAACUUAGAAAGUUUUGGGAGAUCGAGGAAGCCUCCACUAUCUCCGACAAGCGCACGGACGAGGAGCGCGCCUGCGAGGAGCACUUCGUGCGCACCACCACGCGCGCCGCCGACGGCAGGUUCUGCGUGCGCAUCCCUCACAAACUGUCACCAGACACGCUAGGUGAAUCCUAUUCCCAGGCGGAGCGUCGCUUCUUAGCUUUAGAGCGGCGGCUGCAGCGUUCUGCUGAGUACAAACAGUUGUACAGUAAUUUCAUUCACGAAUACGAAGAUCUCGGGCACAUGAGCCGCGUGGAGGCGCCCGGCAGCCCGCACUACUUCCUGCCGCACCACGGCGUGCUGCGGCCCGGCAGCAGCUCCAGCCCGCUGCGCACCGUGUUCGACGGCAGCGCCGCCACCUCCACCGGCGUGUCGCUCAACGACAUACAGAUGGUAGGGCCUCCUAUACAGGGUGAUUUAAUCGAUAUCAUGCUUCGCUUUCGACAAUACCGCUAUGUUGCUUGCGCUGACAUUGCAAAAAUGUACCGGCAGUGCUUGGUAGCUGAAGACCAACGCGACUUGCAGCUUAUUCUCUGGCGCGAUGAACCGACACAACCCAUCAGCAUUUAUAAACUAAGAACCGUGACAUAUGGGCUGGCUUCCUCAGCUUUCCUCAGCGUAAGGUGCUUGAAGCAAUUAGCUGUCGAAAGUACUGAUCCGGACGUCCAGCGAGUAAUUAAUUGCGAUUUUUAUGUCGACGAUAUGGUCACGGGUUUAGACGACAAAAAUGAUUUGUUAAAGCUUUGUACAAAUGUUUCAAACACACUUCAGUCAGGCUGUUUUCCAUUACGCAAAUGGAUUUACAACUUUGUACCCGAUGAUAGCAGCUAUGAUCAGCAGUCGGACUAUAAAUCAUUCAAUGAUAAUAACAAUGAUAACCAUAGAACAUUGGGCAUAGGUUGGUCUCCCAUCAGUGAUGAAUUUCAUUUCAAUACCAAUUAUAAAAACAAUGAAAAUUCUAUUACAAAGCGCACUAUCUUAUCUAGCGUUUCUCAAAUUUUCGACCCGCUAGGUUUCCUCAGUCCAACAAUAAUGCAAGCUAAGGUUUUAUUGCAACGACUUUGGCUUCUAAAGAUAUCCUGGGACGAUGAACUACCUAAUGACGUCACGCAACUCUGGGUUCGAUUCGUCUCAUCAUUACCUAUUCUUGAUAAAAUAAGAAUCCCGCGUCAUGCUAUAGGUAUAAAUCCCAAAUUUAUUGAAUGUCACGUAUUUGUCGACGCUUCUCAGUCGGCAUAUGGGACGUGUAUUUACUUACGCACCAUCAGUGCUGAUAACGAUAACACACCACACAGUGUUACAAUGCGUUUGUUGUGUUCCAAGGGUCGAGUCGCGCCGGUCAAGCCUGUCAGCAUCCCGCGACUAGAGCUAUGCGGUGCUUUGCUAGGUGCACGAUUGUAUACAAAGACCCAGAUGACUUAACUCCACUUAGCCCUGGUCACUUCCUGGUUGGUCGGCCGCUGACGGCGCCCGCCUGCCCCGACUACAGCGCCACGCCCACGCACCGACUGUCACGAUACCAAAGGCUAGAACAAAUACGACAGCAAUUCUGGUCCCGCUGGGCCAAGGAGUAUGUUUCUGAGUUGCAGGUUCGAGUGAAGUGGUGGCAAAAUAAUACCGACCUUCAACCCAACACAUUGGUCGUCAUAAAAGACGACAACUUGCCGCCGUUGAAAUGGCAAAUGGGCCGCGUGGAGAAGACCUUCCCAGGCAAAGACGGGAUCUCGAGGGUGGCCGACAUCCGUACGUCCUCAGGCAUCCUCAGACGACCGUACACGAAGAUUUGUCCUCUUUCAGCUGAUGGCCAUGAUACCUAAAAUUUCAUUGAAACUGGAUCAUUUCAAGGCCGGGGGCAUGUUGAAGACGCACGCACACAUGCAUAUGACCUAUAGACGACGCACACAACUACAGAUGGUCAUCAACCAAUCACACGGCGCCGCGAUGUCGUGAUAAAUCAUUUCAUUGGCUAUUUACAUGUUCCCUUCCCCUUGUCCUCGAUCUAUGUAACCAAAAAUUAUUAAUAUACUACCUGUUUGAGUAUUGAACGAUAAACAUCUUUUAUUUCC